UUGAAACAGUUAUUUCUUCGUAGGCGACAAGCAAAUAAUACUAAUUGGAGGCAGACGUCUCGGGACGAAGGUGACGAGUGGCGUCAGGAAAAUUCCAGACCUCCCAAUCGUUCUAGUGUUGAUAAAUGGGACCGUGAUUGGAGCGACCGGCCGUCCGGCGAGAGGCCGCAGUCCUGGGCACCCAGCCGGAGACAGUGGCCCGGUGACUCUACUAACGAAGAUAACCUGCCGGAGUGGGCGGUGGAUAGUGCAGAGGCUGGUGCUGGAACCUUCGACUCCUCGGGAGCCUUCCACGGGUAUAGCAACGACGAUACAAACAUACCAAAAUCACAGGAGUCUACUUACCCGUUGACUAGGUCGCAUACUCACGGUGGUAGUAUUGCGCGCUCUAAAACCGUCGAAGAAGGCUCUGAAGAGUGGUGGGCUUCGGAGAAAGCUAAGAAGCUAUCACCGAAAAGGUUUGAGGCUGGCGAUAGUAGAUAUAAAAAGUCAUUGAGUACUGGGACAGACGAAGUCAGCGGUGGAGCGGGUAGUGUCAAACGGACGGAUAACACGGAAAAGACUAACGAUCUUGAAUCAUCGGAGACUGUAGACACGACGGAACCUGAAACGGACGCGAGUAACACACAGGCAAUUACUGACGAGCAGAAACAGAAUGAUCUGAGGCAAAAGCUCUCGGAUAGUAAGACGUUUGACGCGUUUAUGAGAUCAGAUAUAGAAUACACCGAGCCCAACGAAGACAAAGGAAACUUCCAGUCCGUCAUGCUCAAUUCCAACAACAGCCUGAGGCAGAAACAUCAGAAUAUAGUGACGAGCAACGAGUCCGCCAUGAGCCGGCAACAGAUGAACGCAUCCGGCCUGUUGCAGAUGCUACACGGAAGGCAAAUGGGCGAGCAGAACCCUGAAGAGGAAACUUCUAAAACCAACGAGGAAAAGAUCGUCGAAGAUCUCAUGGACCUGACAUUGGAGGACGGACGCAUUCGUCCCAAUCCAGCUCACCAGCCCGGCGCCAUCGCAUCGGAAAUGAUGAAUCAAAGCCAGCUGCUGCGUAUAGCGAGCCCCGCGGUGCCGCAGCAAGGGAUGGUUCUCAACGCGGGACAAGGGAUACAGAAUGUUGGCAUCCCCAACCAAGCACUCAACUCUUCACUGGGACUGAACAUGGCUCCAGGAAACGCUCACGGCCUGCCCAUGCAAGGACUGCUACCACCAAUCAUGAAUACUCUGAACCCCGCUAUGGGUACGGCCAUGCAAGCCCGCGUUAUUGGAGCCUUCCAACAGAAUGCCGGACUACCGGUAAUGCCGAGUCCCAACGUCGCUAAUAAUUCACUAUUCAUGGGACAAAAUAACUCUCAGCAACUACAAAGCGGCGAUAUGCAGAUAUCGACACACACUGCUCAGAGCAACUUGUUCCCGAUGCAUGGGAUGCAACACGGCAACCCCGCGUUCAGCUCCAUCUACGGAAACAUUUUGCCGCCGACAAAUAUUGGGGGCAACAUGUCGACUAACAUCGGCGCUAACAUGCCAAACAGUCUCGGUGCCAACAUGAAUACCAAUAUGGCUGGAAAUAUCGGGAGCAACAUCGCAGCCAAUAUGGGUAGCAACAUUGGCGGGAACAUUGGCGCAAACAUUGGCGGGAACAUUGGCGGAAACAUCGGCGGUAAUAUUGCCGGUAAUAUAGGUGGAAAUAUUGGCGCUAACAUUGCUGGAAACAUCGGAAGCAAUAUUGGAAGUAACAUUAUUGGCAACAUUGGCGGCGCCAUUGGAGGGACGAUUGGCGGUAAUCUCGGCGGUAAUAUCGGGAAUAACCUGAACGCCAGCAUCGGUGCUAACAUCGGUGGUAACAUGGGCACCAACAUGGCCGAUCAGUGGUAUUAUGAAGACCCCAAAAAAGUAGUCCAGGGUCCAUUCUCGUCUAAGGAGAUGUACAGCUGGUAUAGGGCGGGUUUCUUUAGCCCCAGCCUGAUGGUGCGUAGGGCCUGCGAAACUCAUAUGCGUCCGUUAGGAUCGUACGGGCCGGUGGUACCUUUCGCGCAAGUGGAGGUACUACCACCAUAUCCGAUAACUGGAUUCGAACCUCGACCCCAAAAUCAUGAAAUGCUAAAUCAGCAGCCGGCUCUCACUAUGGAAGGUGCGUUUAAAACCAAUGUCACUAACAUACAUUUAGCGACCGAGCCAUUCAUGCCUCUACAAGUGCCACCGCACUAUCCUCACUACUUCAUGGAGUCGCUGUGGGGUCAGCCGGCCACCAAUCAGGAUUUGUUGUGGAUGCAGCAGAUGCCUCGCGACCGUGGCAACAAUCUGCCGAUGUUCUUCUGGGAUCAGCCAUCCUCCGCUAUAUCUUCCAAUGCCCUAUUGCCCGAGGAAAUAGCUAAGGAGAUGAAAACAGAGGAUCAGAUCCUCGCACAGCUCCGGGCCUCCCAGAACCUCCCCAACCCGGCACCCUUUCUGAACGAUACCCCUAGCUCGAGCUCCACGGCCUUGAGUGAAGAGUCUUAUACCACGAACGUCAGUUCGACACCGGAUCUCAAACAGCUGCAAAAGUUGAUGAUAAGCGAAAAACUCGCUCCUCAACCGAGGGAUAUCAAAGCUUCUAGCGUUGAGCGAGAGGCUAAACCCGAGAAGCCUAAGAAGGAACAGAACACGACUGAGACAACUGCUGCUAAGACCCAACCAACAAAGGCCGAAACAAAAGCUGCCAAGCAAUCCAAGAACGAGAAUGAAAAGGCCAAAAACAAAGAGACUACCACAAAGAGUAAGAAACAAAAGGCCAAAGAAGAAAAGAAAGAGGAAGAGAACAAAGUCAAAGAGGAUGACAAAGAAAAAACCACACAUGAAAUUUCACCGACUAAAGGCAAGAAGGAGGACAAAAUGAAUAGGAAGGAAUUAGAAAAAGAGAAGAAGGAAUGGAUCAAGGAAGGAUUCACUAUUGUGAAGGGCCCUGAGAAGGAAAGCAAAAAGGAAAAUAAGAAGAAACAGGAAGAAGCCAAGGCGGCUGAAGAAGCCGAACGUAAAAAGAAAGACGAGGAGAAGUUGGUGCCCGAAGAUGAUAAAAAGAAGAAAACAGUUGAAUCCAAAAAACAGCAGGAACAUCCACAACGAAACAUUGAGACAAAGAAGGCGCCCUGGUCAGCACAACAGAUAGGACAGUUGCGUGACGGACUGCCUCUGGGUGAGAUACAGCGUUUGGAGAGAGAAAAGAAAUUAGAACAGAUCAGGGAACAACAACAUAUGGUGCAACUCCUGGCGCAGGAACAGGCAGCCGUCGCUGCCAGGGAACAGGAGAUGCAGGCGAACAAUCCUCCGUGGACCAAGAAGAAAAUUGACCGCCCCAACAAUGGAGCCAGCCAGAGCUUUGCUGAUAUUCAGGCGGAGACACGUCGCCAAGCAACGGCUUCCGCUCAUCCUCCACCGAUGCCUGUGGAGGAUACUCUGACUACCGCCAGCCAGGCGCCCUGGGCCAAUACACAGAAUGGAGCAGAUGUGUUGAACACAGGAGGAUUCUGGGACACACAGCCGAAUACUUCGAAAGCUGCUGAUAAAGCGAGAGACAGCAGACCCGAAACUAGCAAGAAGAAGAAACCGGCUGUCGCCGCCUCGCCAAAAAAGGAGACCUCUCCUUGCGCUGAAUUUGAUACUUGGUCCCAAACAGCACUCGCUUCUUGGAGCUCAAAGAUUGAUGUGCCAACAUUCGUCGGCUUUCUGAAGGACAUCGAAUCGCCCUACGAGGUGAAGGACUACGUUAAAUGCUACUUGGGCGAGUCCAAAGACUCCAGCGAUUUUGCGAGGCAGUUCCUUGAGAAACGAUCUAAACUACUGCGUGUCGGGAUGGUGACUCCCUCUGACGAUCUCUGCUCACCAGCUAUGGCUGUGAAUCCACGAGCCGCACUCGACUACCAGGAGGGGAAAGGCAAAAAAUCAAAGAAGAACAAGAUGUUGAAGGUGGACGCGCGUAUACUUGGCUUCUCAGUGACGGCCUCCGAGGAUAGGAUCAACGUGGGAGACAUUGACACCGUUUGA